GGAGCCAUGUCUCUGCCCUUCCGCAAAGAGCUGGAGAAAUACAAGAAUAUCAACGAAGAUGAAAUACUCAGCAAACUCUCAGAGGAUGAACUGAAACAGCUAGAACAUGUUCUUGAUGACCUUGAUCCUGAGAACGCCCUGCUGCCCGCGGGCUUCCGGCAGAAGGAUCAGACCACGAAAGCUGCCACCGGCCCCUUCGACAGGGAACGCCUCCUUUCGUACCUGGAGAAGCAAGCGCUGGAGCACAAAGACAGAGAAGACUUUGUACCGUUUACGGGGGAGAAGAAAGGAAAAAUAUUUAUCCCUAAAGAAAAACCCAUAGAAACUCGUACAGAAGAGAAGGUGACCCUGGAUCCGGAACUAGAAGAAGCCCUGGCCAGCGCUUCCGACACCGAGCUCUAUGACCUUGCAGCUGUUCUUGGUGUGCACAACAUGGUCAACAACCCAAAAUUUGACGAAGGAGGAGCCCGCAGUAAAGAUGGAAAAGGAAGUGUGAGAAAUGUGGUCAAAGGUGAAAAGGUCAAGCCCAUUUUUGAGGAGCCACCUAACCCAACCAAUGUGGAAGCAAGUUUACAAAGGAUAAAAGCAAAUGAUCCUAGUCUCGUAGAAGUUAAUCUGAACAACAUAAAGAAUAUUCCUAUUCCAACACUGAAAGAAUUUGCAAAAGCUCUGGAAAGCAACACCCAUGUGAAGACAUUCAGCCUUGCAGCUACUCGAAGCAAUGACCCUGUAGCUAUUGCAUUUGCAGAUAUGUUGAAAGUGAACAAAACGCUGAAGAGUCUGAAUGUAGAGUCCAAUUUCAUCACUGGGACGGGCAUUCUGGCACUGAUUGAUGCACUAAAAGAGAAUGAAUCUCUGACAGAGAUUAAAAUUGACAACCAGAGGCAGCAGCUGGGGACAGCUGUAGAGAUGGAGAUUGCCAAGAUGCUGGAAGAGAACUCCAAGAUUCUCAAGUUUGGAUACCAGUUCACAAAGCAAGGGCCAAGAACCAGGGUGGCAGCAGCUAUCACUAAAAACAAUGAUCUGGUUCGUAAAAAGCGAGUGGAAGGAGAGCGGCAGUAGCCACGCCAGAGAGGAUGCAGAACACGACUGGAGGCAGCCAACAACUGCAAUCUCAAAGCGUUCACUGGUCAGAAGGAAAGACACUGGAAAACCAUUAUAAUGGGAGUUGCUUAUUUCCGUUAAUGUCUCCUUUUAACCUUGAAAAUGCAGCCUGAUCAUUUUUAACUUUCAGUUAAUUCAACUUUCAUGAUAAAAAUUGAUCUUUGUUUUGAUAUUAAUGAAAAAAUUGUUUUACAAUAUCUGAAGCCAAUAAGCAGAAUGUUACAGUGUUACUGAGCAUAACAUAUGGUGACACUGACCUUUAUUUUAGACACUUUUUGCCACGUUAAAAUAUAAUCUUGUGUAUGGAUAAGGGAUACUCUGCUUAAAAAGGAAAUUCUAGGGCCAAGUCCUGCAAUGCCUUAUGUUUUUGAAUAAUCCUAACUUAUGUAUGUAGUCCUGCUGAAUUCAGUGUGAUGCUCCAGUAAUGCCAGUGCAGGUUUGCAGGAUCACACCCACGGGCCUCUCUCCUGCUCUCCAACCUGGACAGCAGGAACUCUGCAUUUGACAGAGCCCUGCUACCUCAUGGGGGUCUCUGCCCAUCCGGGUCCAAGAGCAGGAUCACGCUUAGGUGUAUGAGCAUUGUCAAAGCCUACUUGUUUACAUACGCUGAGGCUCGUUAGGUGGAUCAUUUCACAAUGUUACGCUGAUUUGUUAACCUUACUCCACAAUGGAAGGUAGUAUUAGUGUUGCCAAGCCUAGAUACCUUAAACGUUAGCUUUUUUCUAGUCCAGUGAGUUUUUAUUUGUUACUAGAACGCACAGUUUACAGCAAUAUUUGUUUUGCUUUGAGCCGUGUGUUUGACCUUUUUUAGUUCUGGUAUUUAUGUGCAUUUGUUAGUGUCAUAGAACUCAGGACCUUUUAGAUGAAGAUUAAUAAAGCAGUUAACCCAGGACAGCAGCUGUGCUACCCGGAAAAAACAGUAAAAGCGUAGUUGUACCAACUACCUAACUUUCGUUUAUAGAAACCAGUUCAGGUUUGUCCUUGUAUCAUAAAGCACUUAGGUAUCUGCAUUAGUACUUCGCUGAAUAAGGGCAGAUUUAAGCAUAUGCAAAAAUGCUUUGCUAAAUCAGAGCCUUAACUCAGUUCCUGUACAUAUUUUUAAGCUAGUGGAAAAUACUUGUGAAGCAGCAGCUAACCCCAAUGCUCAACAGCAUAAAAAUUUUAGUAGGAAUUUAGUCAACAAUAUUUUAUGUUAUAUAUUUCCCAGUCUAAAACAUUAUUUUCUACCACUACUUUAUCACUGCCAACUGCUGUCUGUGAUGAACAGCCAGAGGUUCCUUUUGGUUAAAAUUAAACGUACUGCAAGAGUUAAGUGAGACUCCGGUUAGGUGUUUCACUGAUUCCAGUGCUUUCAGAAAGCUGCAGGAAUUUCCCUGGGGCUAACACGCUCCUGCAAAACACCAGCCUCUCCUCCCAGAGCUGCCCUGCUUCACCGUGCUGGUGGCGGAGGGACUCCGGAGGUCAGCGUCACUGCGCUGCACGCCCGACCUGGGGGAGAGCUGUGAGCCGCUGCACAGCUGGGCACCCAGGACUAGAAAGUGGGGGGGCCCCCGGAGCAGCUGGUUGGCACGCUCUCCUGAGCCUGGCCUUUUCCUGAGCCUAAGUGCAGUGCAAGCGAGCAGCAUGAACCCUCCCUCGGUGCCUUUUGUCAUGGAAAUGAGCAGGUCCAAGGCAGCACUGUUCCUGUGGGAUUCUGAUCUUCAUACUCGAGCCCUAACUGAAUAAUGUACACCUAGAUCCCACUUCAAAUAAUUUGCUAAAGUGCUCUGCUGAACUGGGGUCUAAAGUACAGUACCCACAGUUUACCUCCCUGGAGAGCUCCCAGUCCUUAGAGUUUCCAUCUCUCCCUCCCUUCCUCAGAUUAAGGCUAAAACCUUUGCUUCACAAGUGAAAAACAUAACACAUGAAGGAGUCUUGCUGAGAUUUUCCCUAGAUCCAUGCAGGAUUUGCUGUGAAAAGCUUUGAUAUUCCAUUAAAAAAAGUCAAGUUCUGUAACACAGUCAUAAAACUGCCUGGUCUUAGUUAAGCAGCCCUUAAAAGCAUGAGGAUUACCAGGGUGAUAAUGGGUUUGCGGCAUCAGGUCACAUGGGUAGAAAGAAGCCUCAUCUCAAAAGCCAAAUGAUUUUGGAUGCUGACAAAAUUCAGUGAUUAGAAUCACAUUAUCCAUAUUUUCCUCUCCUUUUGCUUUGAUCCAAGCAGGGAAAUCCCAAGUCCCUAUGACUGUUUUCUUUUUUAAUGUAUUUUAAUGAUUUUUUUAUUUUUAAAGGAUGAUGUGUGUGUAUGUUCAAGGGAAACAAGUGCAAUCCAUUUCUAGUCUUAAUUGCCAUUUAAAGUGUUGGUAUUUGCAUGCAGCAGUUUUAUAAGGAUGGACUGGUCUGGCUGCUUCGUGAUGUCUGCAGCAUGUCAUCCCGCAUAGCUUUGCUCUGAGCCACUCAAGUGGUUGUAGUGUCAGGUGGCUCCAUCCAUGUCAGCUACAGCGUACAUCAUGGACCAAGGUGACUGGCUUGGGAAGGCCCAGUGGCUUCCUCUUCCCUUCAUCUGCCAUGCUCUUCGCACAGGCCCGUUUCUCCUAAAGGGAGGAUUCCUCAGGCACUUGAGAGCAGGAUCUCAAACACUAGCCCCACUAUGCACUAGGAGACAGCGCCUGGAGCUCUACGUCCCUCCGUUGGGCACCCGGGAGGUCUGCCUCCUGCCAGCACCUGUGAGGCGAGCUCUUAAUGCCUGGCCCGACUGUCUAGGCAGCAGGCUCCAGCGCGGCCGCUGCCAGGCCUGCCCGGGCACCAUCGCUGUCCUCCCUCUUCUGCACAUUCCACACGAGGGCUUCGCCACUGUCUGGCCUUGGGCAUCGCAGAUCAAAUGCUGCAGCAAUAUAAGGGUCUGCUCAAUACAACAGCAGCAAAUCAGCACCCUUAUUGGUGACAGCAACAGAUAUUCAUAUAGACUUUAAUAUAGGAUGAUUUAGUUGGUUAAAAUCCCUGCAGCUAACAUGAAGGGGGUCAGGAUGUGACUAGCUCCUUUUAAAGUUCCACUUUCAAACAACAUCUGUUACACUCCCAAGUGAAUGGGACACAGGGACGCGAGUCCUUUUUUUCUUAAGCAAACAUUCAGGAGUAACUUUGUCUACUUUUGCACAUUGCUUCUCGUGUUGACAGCUUAGGUUUGGUUUGUAUUUUUUAUACUUUUUUCCAUGGAAAAGCUCAACAUUGUGCAUGUCCCAACAUUUGUGUGUAUCGUAGCGUGCACUAAGGACAGUAUGGUGUACACGUCAAAUGCUAGAUGAAGAUGUUAUCUCUGGAACAUAAAUAAUUGCAUGCGCACAGUGUGGUGCAUAUUACUCAAGAGGAAGGGAAUUACCAUGCUAUGUAACAGUGACUGCCCAACAACAUGGUUUUUCUAAAUAAAUCUUCAUAAAG